AUGGCUCAGCCCGAAUCUAAGAACCAACCAGCUACAAGCCAUACAUCUGUUUUCAAUGCCAAGAAUGCAUCCAUAUUAGUUGGCAUUCGCGAUGGAGUCACCAACAAAUUCCGCCUGGUCCCUAGAGACCAAGCAAUGGUCUCGGUAUUCGACUCCAGUUUUCUUAUUGGUGAUGGUAUAUGGGAAGGCAUUCGGGCUGUCAGGGGUCGCAUCCAGUUCGCCAAGGAACAUAUCAACCGGCUAUUUCAAUCUGCGAAGGCUAUGUACAUGGACCUGGGCCUGACGAAGGGUGACCUCUUAUCUUUACUUCAUCGAACCCUUGACGCCAACGAUAUGGGCGGCGAGCCUCACGUACACAUUCGCCUUGUGGUCAGCCGAGGCCUGAAGUCAACCCCUUAUCAGAACCCACAUGUGAACAUUGGGCUUCCGCUCAUUGUCAUUAUCCCCGAGAUCAAGGCCGUUGAUCCGGCCGCAAAGGAACGUGGCCUGCGUCUUGGCACAACGUGGGUACGCCGUGGCCCGCCCGACGUCAAGGACGAGCAGUGGAAUCACAUCUCCAAAGCCACAGACGUCCAAGCCUGCGUGAGCGCCAAUGUGAUGGGCGUCGACGAGGCUCUGAUGCUGGAUCUCAAUGGCUUUGUCAAGACUUGCAACUCCGUUAACUUCUUUAUCAUCCGCGGAGACGAGGUUUGGGCGCCGACUAAGGACAAUCAGAUGCAGGGUAUCACUCGUCAGAAGACCAUCGACGUGUGUCGCGCCAAUGGCAUCACUGUCCGGGAGCUCGAUUUUGCGUUGACUGAGGUGUAUGGUGCCGACGAGGCCUUCUGCACCGGAACGUUCCCAUCUCAGAUUCAUGUCACCGAGGUAGAUGGGCGGAAACUGGGAGAUGGACAGAAGGGGCCCAUGACUGCCGCUAUCCAGAAAUUAUACGCAGCGGAGGUGGCACGGGAUGUGGCUAGAUCGAGAGAGGAGAUUCUGGCUGAUCUGGAAAAACCGCGAGACUUGAGUAUUUUGAAGUGUUUGAAGCUGUAA